GACACCAGCCACUCUCUGAUCACACACACACACACACUGCACAGACACAUACACUGUACAGACACCAGCCGCUCUCUGAUCUCACACACACACUGCACAGACACCAGCCGCUCUGUCAACAUGUUUCUGCUCGGAUUCAGCCUGUGCCUGGCCAUCGUCCAAGGAAUUGUCCCUGAGAUAUCUAAAACAGACAUGGACAUCAUUGCAAACAUGGAAACAAAUGUAGAAGAAGGACAAACGACACUGAGCGAUAUGUUCAGAGAGGUGGAGGAACUGAUGGAGGACACGCAGCAGAAGCUGGAGAACGCGGUGCAUCAGAUGGACAAUGAGACAGCGAAAUCCAGCCUCCAUCCACACAGUGUCUCUUCAAAUCUCCAAAAUUACAGCAGUAAUGAAAUCAUAGCUGGGAAUCAAUCCAUUUAUACUGCUGAGAGAAUCAAUAAGCCAACGGACAAUUCAACCGAAGAUGCAAACAACUUGACAACCUUACAACCCAGAGAUAAAGAGAACAGCAUUGAUCACGAGUGUAUCAUUGAUGAAGACUGUGAGAAGGGCAGCUACUGUCUCUACGAAACACAGAGCUCAAAGUGUCUGCCCUGCAAACACACUGAUGCGACAUGCACCAAAGAUGAGAAAUGCUGUGCGGGACAGCUGUGUGUGUGGGGUCAGUGUGCAAACAGCGCAAAAGGAGAAGCAGGAACCAUCUGUCAGUACCAGAGUGACUGUAAGGAGGAGUUCUGCUGUGUCUUCCAUAAAGCCCUGCGGUCUCCAGUGUGCAGCUCUAAGCCAAUAGAACGUGAGCGCUGCAUCAUUUCAGCCAAUCACCUGAUGGAGCUGCUGUCCUGGAAUUUGAAGGGGGAGGGUCCUCAUGACCACUGCCCAUGUGCCAGUGAUCUGCAGUGCCAACACCUUGGACGAGGUGCACUGUGCCUGAAGAGUCAGAACUCCAGCGAGGAGGAGCUCACUGACACUCUCUACUCUGAGAUUGACUACAUCGUCUAGUGAGACUCAAGCCUGUUUGACAGACAGAUGAAGAGAAGCUGCUGAAACAGACAUGAACGCUUCAUCGUCACGCCAAAGCUUUGUAGGAAACGCUUCAUUAUAAUCACCCAAACAGCUGUGAAUGUGCAGCAGAAGGCCUGAAUCUAAAGACCGUUCACAUUGACAGCGAUUUGAAAGUAUCAAGCUGCCUGGAAGCCAUUCAUUUCCAAAGAAAGUUGGCGAUUUGAGAGGACACGAGUGAUGGUUGGAGGCAUCAAAUGACACGACAAAACUUAAUGCAACAGUCACAUGCGAGGUACUGUAGUUGAGUGAGUUACAUUCCCUGCGACUUCGAUUAAUGCGCUUUUGCAUAGGAUGAUU